AUGUCGUUUUAUAACAAAUCCUGGGUGUUUUUUGUAUUAAACAAUUGUGACCAGGGUCUUGAGCAGAAUGGUGGGUCACAUUGGAGCCUACUGCUCCUUGAUAACACAACACGAACAGCAGUACACUACGACUCGGUGCGCGGCCUGAACGAGCGGCAUGCUGCAGCGUUGCUUGUCAACCUUGGAUUAGAUAGUGUUCCAAUAAGUGAGGGGCAGACUUUUCAGCAGACAGAGUCUUUUGAAUGUGGUGUUCACGUUCUUGUUAACGCUCGGCUGUUGCUCGGUCAGGUGUGCGACCGAUUCGCAUUGACUCACAACACACUGCAUCUCACUGACACCUCUGAGACACAUGGUAGUACUAAUGCCACUCUUGUACCAAGUUCUCAAAGUAGUAAUAAUUCUAGGUCAAAUUUGGCAAAUGAUAAAGUGUGGAAAGUUGUGAAAGGUAAAAAAUGUGCCAGGCAAAACUUAAAUCCGGAAUAA